AUGGAAUCGCCCAUCAACGAUCGCCAUUUUAGGUGCUUCUUCGGCUGGUUUCACGCUUUGGUAAUGAUUUCAUUCACAGAAAAUCCGAAAAAUUAAUUUAAAAAAUUUUCCUGCGUCAUUAAAAAGUUUUUAUUUUAUUUUGAUGAAGAUCGUUUCUCGUGUAGGCGUGCGGGUUAAUAAAUUCUCCAUAAGAUUAAAAUUCAUGAAGUCCAAAAAAUCAUAGAAAAAACAGCUUUUUAGCUUUUAAAAUAUUCAAAAACGGGUAGGAAGCUUCAGAGCUUCUAAAAUAUUCCAGUGGCAACUUUUUCUAGAAGAUUGAAGAAUCAAAAUUUCUUGGAGAGCUGUUUUUUGUUGAUUAUUUGACUGAAAAUGAUAACGUCAGAAGCCACUUAAGGGGCUACUUUGGCUGGUUUCACGCCUUGGUAAUCAAUUUUUGGAGGGCAAAAAGGAAUUUCAUCAAGAAGCUGUAUAGCUGAUUAACGGCCGCCUUGAACCAUCGAAAAAAGGGUCCUGACACGAUAAUGCACGAGAUAGCGCCUGGCUCGUGGAGAGCGCAGACAGGCCACGCCCCCUUAGCGUCCCAAGCUGGCCAGAAUCAGCUAUGUACGAUAAACUCUUCAUGAACCGUAAAACUCGAAAAUUCGAAUAAUUUGAGUGAAUAAUUUUUUAACGAUGGUAUAGUCUGUUCAGAUUUUGAAUGUCAAGUAGAAUGACGUCAUUCGAAAAGGCUCUGUGGAUGGCUCGCUCUCUGAUUGGUUUAUCGCGUCAUUAGGGGGCGGAGCUUCAGCGAGGACUUGACAUUUGAAAUCUGAACAGACUAUAAGAGAGUUAAAAUGUUAUUUUGGGUGAAGUUUAGAUAGGGACCGCAAAGCCACGCCCCUUUUCGCGAUAGAAAAAGUGGCUUUUUUUUGGUUUUCAACUUUCAUUUUGUUGUAGUUGCAAAAUAUGUGGAACUGGCGAAUAAAAUUUGACACACAUGUACAGAAAAAGCUUCCUCUUUCGUUUAAAAAAAUAUUUCACGCUUUUUUUGAUGCGUUCUCGCGGAAUGUCGUACAAAAAAACGUGAAUGGAACUAAAAAAAUUUUUGUCAUUUUUUUGCUUUUUUUCAUGUGUUUUUCAGGUCGAACGCACUCUUUCUUUUUAAAUAAUGAUUUUUGAUUCAAGUAACGAAAAUUUUAAAACAAUAAAAAUAAAAAAAUUCGUCUUUGCCAAAAAAAUUUUUAGGGAGCGCCGAAAGUCAUAAUUCAAAAUAUCGUUAAUAAGCGAAUAUAAUCAAGUUUUUGUUUUUUAAAAAUUUAGAUCAUGGCCUUACUUAAAUUUUUCUUCACAGUAUCUGUGCUUGAAAUAGUUGUUUAAUACGCAAAAAUGCUCUUGAAACUAGAGAAUAAAAUUAGCGGCGUUUAUCACACAGAAAGCGGCCGAACGCAGGUUUUUUAAACGAUUAUAUACAUUUAUUAGUGAAAAAUCUUUCAAUUAAAAGAAUAAAAUAAAAAAUUCGUCUUUGCCAAAAAAUUUACGGGGCCGUUUUAAGGCAGCGAUCGUUAAACGAGGAAAAAAGCACUAAAAAACAGUUUUUCGAAGUGAAUUUUCACGGAAAGUUUGAGUAAAGAUUUGCGAACAUAUUCUGAUAAAAAUAGCUGAAUUACUUCAAGUUUUUAUUUUUGAAAUAGGCAAUCUGUGCUAUCUAAACGGCUCAAGGGUAAGGCGGAUGGAAGCUCCCCUUGCUAGACCUAGCAGCUUGGCGCAGCGCGUGCGCUGCGAUUUUUUUCAUUUUGAGGUCGCGAGUUCGAUGCCCGCAAGCGUCAGUUUUUUUGUUUUCUGGAAAAUACCGACUUUUUUUCGGCAAACUAGCUGAUGAGCAUCAUUUUAGCACUCUAUUAUGAUUUGUUACAUCAUAAUAGACCAGUAUCAAAAACUUGUUCUAGAAGAAAAAAAUCGAGAAAAAAAUGUCAAAAAUGGAUAAUACCAAAAAUUUCAGUACUAAAAAAUGGUGCGCGGCGCGCCACAUUUUUCGUCAUAACUUUUUUUCAUCCUCAAUCUUUUUCGAAAAAAACUAAACGGUUCUGAGUUUUUGAAUCGAAACAGCUAUCAAACCAUACAAAGCUCAAUGCUGAAAAAAAUUUUUUGAAAAUUGGUCUGCGGUCCCUAAGUUUAGAUAAAAUCAAAAGUUUUCGCCUUCUUUUUUUGAUUUUUCUGUUCUUAAAAUCUUAUAAAAUUUCAAUUAUUUCCAGCUGACGAUCAAGAUAGUUCUGAGCUACUUCGUGGCGUUCAACAUCGGCCUGAGUUUCCUUCGACUGCCGACAUGUUCGAUCUACACGGCGCUGGUCGGCCUUUCAAUAUGCCUUCUGACCAUGUAUCCCAUCCUACGGCACAAUUCAGCGCUCCUCCUGCCCUUCUACUUAUACGUUGUGAGUUUUCAAAGUUUGAGCUUGAAAGAAGAUUGUUUUGAAAUUGAUUGGCGCUUUGAAAAAAUCCAAGUUUCACCUUUUUAAGCUCCGCGUCGGAACGGGGUUAGGGGUUAGGGUGGAUAAAAGCCCCUAUAAAAGAUAAAAAGGGGUCCCUAUAGGGUGAAACUAAGUGGCCCCUACAGGCCUUUCAAAUUAUUUUAUUACGAUUUGAAAAUUGAAAAGGUUCUUUUAACAAAAUUUUAUCGAUUAAUCCUCGGUUGACAUUUUUUUUCAUUCAGAAAACGGUAAUUUAUCGAUUUUUACGCAUGAAAGUGUUUUUUUCUGAAGGGAAUGAUAACAAUAAACGGUUAGAAUGUUCCCUAUAGGGACCACUUUUAAAAGCUUCAGUGCCUUCUAAAAGGAGAUGGUGGUCCCUAGAGGGUCCUUUAAGGUUGCCCCUAUAGAGCUCUGGUGUUCUUAAGAUUGUUUUUUUUUUUGCUUAAAAACAGAUGGAAAAAGAAGAAGCAUGUGAAAAGGGAUCUUAUGUAUGUAAAAUUGGGAAAAGAAGUUGGAAAAAUAAAAUUUAACGGCAGCUUUUUAUAUCUUCCAUUUAUUUAUUUUUUUGAAGUAAUUUUUUUCUGAUUAGUUUAUUUAUAUUCUAAGUUUCUCAUUUGAAUACUACUUAUUUCGGCCAAAACUCAACUUCAAAAAAAUAUUGAAUAUAUCUAACCAAAAACUAGGACGAAGUUUAAAAAAAUAAAAAAAUUAUCCAGAUCUUUACGAUCUUCUACCUACUUUUCAUGGGCGGCUACUUUUUUUCUUCGUCAACAUUUUCUACAAGGAACACGUUGCAGGUAGAAUUUCUAUCAUUUCUUUGAAUUUUCAAAAAAAUUUUUAGCGGCAUUUGGCGACAACUCGGAGACACUAUCGUUUGCAUGGCAUUUGGUGGACAUUUUGCUCAUUUUGCUGCAUUUUUGGACGUUGAGUGUGAUCAGCAAGUGCCGGCGUUACUUUGACUACUGCUCCGAGACUCAUCACAAGUGUGAGUUUUUUGAGAAAAUCUCAAGCUUGGGAGAUUUUUUUAAGGUGUUUUUAGGCUCAAUAUUCCAAGUUUUUACCCAAUUCAGUUUUUCAAAUCACUUUUACUGUAUAUCCAAUCUUAGAAAAAUUCCCAAAAAAACUGGAUAGAAAUUUCAAAAAAACUUUAAAAUACAGCAAUGAACGGCCGUUCAACGGACAGACCCUCAAACUACACUUUGCUCAAUGGUGAUUUCGAAAUGUUGUGAUUUUCACGUUGUUUCGUAAUUGUGUUCUGUUGUUUUUGUUGACGAACACGGUCGCACGCGCUAUGGCUCACUGCAAUGUCUCUUUUUGACUUGCGCCCGACUCAAAAACGACUUGCGCCCUAGGGCAUCCGAAAUAACGCUUCGAGCCAUUCCCCGUGCGGUCAACCAUUUUUUUCGACUAAUUUCUGAAUUUUCAGUAGAAAUACCAGUCCGCCGCGGGUCGCGCAACAAUUCAAAGCCGGAAAUUGUGUGA